GUUAUUACAAUACGUAAUCUCCUGAUCCGUGGAUCUCGUCAUGGGAUGAAUGCUACAUCAGCAUGUCGGGCUCCCUCUCCGUAGUACAAAAAGAACAAUUAUGUUAUUUAGCUUGCAAACUAGAUGGCAACGACACAUGUUAUGUGUCAGACGACUCGGAAAUUACAGAGGCAUUGAGUAAAGUAGUUGAAGACGUAAAGCGUUUGAACAAACAUACUUCGCCCAUUUUAGUGGCUUCAGGCACACCCUGUAGCAACUAUCAAGGCUUAGGUGACGUUUUCCACAGAUGUGGUGGUGUGGAUAACGAGGGACCUCUAGAGCGACUGAAAAAUUUGAUUUUUGGAGAAGAAACUCUCACUACAAUUAAAAACUGGAUCAUUGAACACUGUUGGGGUGUGAUGCUUAUUGUAGUCGGGUUCGUGGUUCUGUUUAUUUUACAGGAAUACUGGUGGGGUGUGAUGCUAAUUGUGGUCGGGAUUGUGAUCGUGAUGGGCGUCUUCAUCAAAGUUUGCUCCGUAAACACACCAAGUGAAGACCCAAAACUAAAGGCAUUUAGAAAAAAAGAAUAAAAAAGAAAGAGGGCCGGUGAAAAAUCCUGGACCGUAUUACAUAGGAGGAAAAAACAAUGGAAUAUAGAAUGGACGAGGAGAAGUGGGUCUUAGUGGGAAAUAACAGACGAAAUAUGGAAAUGGGGAAUGUCUAGAUUAGAUCAGUACAUUAUGAAGACCUGAACAGUGAAAGAAGUCAACAAUGCAUACCUGGCUCCAAAAUCACAAACUAAGAACAAAUUUCAUCCGAAAAUUGAAAUCAAUUUACAUUUCGAAAAAAAAACUUAUAAUGAAGCAGAAUUUUCAACAUGCUUGUAAAAUUU